AGGAAGGAAAGACUAUGCGGUGAUUCUGUGUUUCUUGAACGAACGCACCAGAGUUAUGCUCGAGGCUGGAACGGUGGUAUUAAUAGUGUCGGCCCUUCCCUUUGUGUUUGGACAACCAAGGGGUUGCCUCGUAGUGCCACGUACGAGCCGAUGUGGUUUACCUACACCACGCUGGUACUACAACGCCACCGGCAGGCGCUGCCAACCAGUUAUGUGGGGAAGAUGCGGAUACAAGGGAAACGUAUUUAAAACAUUCUCAGAAUGCGAGCAAAGGUGUGGUGCUUCUUAUCAAGCGAACACUGACCCUUGCCUUGUGGUCCCACGAAAUCAAACUUGCAACAACAAAAAACCUUCCGUUUUAAUGUGGAGUUUUCACACGCAUUCAAUGACCUGCAUUGCCACGUAUUAUAAUGGCUGCGGAGGAAAUAAAAAUCGCCACAGAACCUGUAAGAUGUGCUACAAGGAAUGCCGGCGCUCCAGGUAUCGAAGAAAAGACGUCUGUGCAGGAAUGAAUUGCUCGGCACUUCAUGCUUCAGCCAAGCGCUUACGCAAUAGGUCGCAAAAUAAUGUACGCAAUGCUUUGUCAUCCGCGUAG